AUGUCUGAGACGCACUUCGAUGAAGCACUCCCACACUACGUAGUCACUAUCCGGAUCUGGUUUUUUUUUUGGAGGCAGAAAAAACACGUAGCCACCACGAAGGGAUAUUGACUUUUGGAUGAAAGCUAAAUUAAUCUGGAAUAGAUCUGGUGUUGAAGACUGAUCGGCAGUAGGCCUAUACAGUUCAACUUUGGAUGGAGUUGUUUCUUUAUCCAGCGCAGUCCAAACAGAGCACAGAGGCACUGAGGGGGAUCGGAAUUUACCGGUGACAAGUCCGGGAAAAAAAGGAAAAGAGGAUCUACUCGUUACAUGGAGUUUAUAAAAGCCUGCUUCAUUUUAAUCACAAUUACAACAAAGAUUUUGAAGACUUGAGUCGAUGAAAAGAACUUUCGGAAAGGGACAGCCCCAACUUUUCCCCUUGUAUCUUUAACUUUGAAGAAGCAGCUCCAACCAUGGCGAAAAAGUAUGAUUUCCUUUACAAAUUGUUACUCAUCGGGGACAGCGGAGUGGGCAAAACAUGUCUGAUCAUUCGUUUUGCUGAGGACAAUUUUAACUCCACGUACAUUUCCACCAUAGGCAUUGACUUUAAAGUAAAAACCAUUGAAGUGGAAGGAAAGAAAGUGAAACUCCAAGUCUGGGACACAGCAGGGCAGGAGAGGUUCAAGACCAUUACGACAGCCUACUACAGAGGAGCCAUGGGCAUCAUCCUGGUGUAUGACAUCACAGACGAGAAGUCCUACGAGAACAUCCAGAAUUGGAUGAAGAGCAUCAAAGAAAAUGCAUCAGCUGGGGUCUGUCGAAUGUUACUAGGCAAUAAGUGUGACAUUGAAUCAAAGCGGAAAGUUUCCAGGGAGACAGGAGAAAAGCUGGCAAAAGAUCAUGGCAUCAGGUUCUUUGAGACCAGUGCAAAGUCCAGCAUUAACGUGGAUGAGUCCUUUCUGUCUUUGGCACGUGACAUACUACAGAAAUCCAGCAAGAAACCAGGCCCCACAGGCCGAGAGGUGAAAAUCACGAGCAAUACAGAGAAAAAAUCCUCCAAAUGUGUUCUUCUCUAGAUAUGACGCUGGCCAGCACACGUAAGAAAGCGCCAUAAACAUGUAAGAGCACAUCAUUAUUACUGGGGAGAGAAAUACCGUACAGCAGGUUUUCUGUCUCCAUCUGGUGGGCUCACAUAUCAAAUACAUAUAGGUUCUAAAAGUUUUUACACCAAAACUACUUUUUGUUCCCCUAAAGCGUAGUAAGGAUUUCUCCUUUGUCCUGACAUUUUAUUGAGAUGAUUGUGCCUGUAUUUACCAUUGAACAUAUUUUCUGCCACAUUUGCUCUGAUAAUGUUAUUGUCAUGAAAAUGUUGCAAAGUGUAGGUCCUAUGACUCACAAACAAAUACCUGGCACAAUAUUUCACCAAGGAGUUCCCAUCAGGUUUAGUUAAGCUGGACAUUUCUAUUUCCGCCUUGUAUUUUUCUGGCUUAUCGCCACAUUGUCAUCCCUACAACAGCACUGCCUACUGUCUUUAAAUAACUUUAGCUGUGUUUUUUAAACUGGGUAGCUAUGUUAAAAAAAAGGGGGGGGGGGGGGGGCAGUGGCAGAGGAAGAGUUUGAUGGAAAGUGUUUUCUGUCUUCUGGUCAGGCAUCUUAUAUAUUCUGUUUGAUGGUUUAAAUACUGGACAAAAUUGUUUAAUUAAUAAGUCAUAAAACAUCUUUGGUUCUUGCAGUGUCAUUAUGAGAGACAGUGGAAGCAAUUUCUUUCCCCACAUUUUAGUGUAUUAUAAAUAUAUUGCAGAGAUGUCAUAGACUGAACAUGAUUAAAUGUUGGCAAGGUUUGUAGUUACAUUUCAUUAUGUUUAUGUUCUUAUCAUUUGUGAGUUGCUGAAAUAGUCUAAUCAUGUACAAUAUUUUAAAUCCUUAAACAGAAUCUACAGUAACAGAUGCCAUUUAAGUUGAGACAUUUUUUGGAACAUGUUCUUCAGGUUAAUUAAUUAAACAAGUUGAUGGAUGCAUGGAGUUGAAUCUGAAACAAACCGAGGUGGUAAAAAGCUUUAUUUUAACAGAUAAAUGGAUUGAGAAUGUGGAUGGUAGUAACAGAGAUAAGUGCAAUAUGAGAAGAUGAGUGGAGAGAUGAAAGAAUGAUGGAUAAAGGAAGUGAAUGGACAGGAUGUGAGGGAAGCAGCAGUGCUCUCAUGUACCUCACUUUGAAUUGUUGGAUCUUGCCUUUUAUCUGAAGUGCCUGGUUAAUCUCUCACUGAACACUACCACACAUAGCUACAUCUGACAAGACAGGCUCCCUGUUCAGGCAAUUUCAGAUCAUUCAAAAUGACUGUGAUUAAAGGUGCAGAUAUGAUCCGGACCGACAUACUGUAUUUACUGUAUCUGCUUUUUAUGCAUUUCUUUCACAUUCAGUGUCUUUUAGACCUGCCACAAGACUUUGUAUGUAGCUUUCAGACUUGAUGAAUAAAAUUUCUAAACAAUAAA